AAGCUGCAGAGAAAAAGGGACGAAACUGCCUCUUACAGUAUUGUGAAGCUCGUUUGUUUCAAUAGCAGCUAAAGUAAAGCUACCACCUUUCCCAUAAACCCCUUAACUAUAAUUCAUUAAAAAUAACUAUUUUUAUUUAAUUUUUGUGAGGUGAAACGAUCAAAAUACUGAUUUGUAAUGUUAAACGUGUUUAGAGUGAGCCAUACAGAGGUUGUUUCAUCCGAGCAGCUUCACAGCUGCAGCAAAGAGGAAAAAAGAUGGCGGCCGGCUAUGCCUGGUUUCUGGUGCUCGGCUCAGUUUUUCUUUGCAACCUCAUGAAAACCUUCCUAUCUACACUGUCCUCUUCCCUCUCCAGAAUGAUCCAAAAAGACGCUGAGCAGGAGAGUGAGAUGAGGACUGAAAUCCACGAAAUGAAGAAGGAGCAGUCCUCCAUCAGUAUGAUGGACGAGUUUGCAAAAUACGCCAGACUGGAGCGCAAAAUCAACAAAACAACAGACAAGCUGAAAACACACGUGAAAUCAAGAACUGCUCAACAGGCAAAGGUGAAAUGGGUCGUGAACAUUGUUUUUUACAUACUACAGGCAGCGCUGAUGGUGUCGUUGAUCUGGAAGUAUUACUCCGAUCCAGUGACCGUGGUCCCAAGUAGAUGGAUUGCUCCGGUGGAACGACUUGUGGCUUUCCCAACAGGAGUUCCAGGUGGAGUGGGAAUCACCUGCUGGCUUGUGGUCUGCAACAAAGUCGUCACACUGGGAUUUAAUGUCUUCAGCCAAAGAUCUCAGCUGUAAAAAGGUGCAACAUAUGAACAAUCAUCACUUGACAAAAACUUAAAAAAUGCAGCGCAUUUUAGCAAAAGUGCAAAAUUAAGUUAUUGGUUUAAAUUAUGUGUUGUUUUGUUUGAUUAUUUUUUAUGUUUUCGUUUGUAAAAAAAUGUUUUCAAACUGUUAAGACAGUUGAAUAAAAAAUGUCAAUACUUAA